GGCUUUACGCAAAGAAAAUGACUUCUCAGGCCCGGAUGAUCCUAUCGCUCAGCCGACAAACCGAGGCAACAAGCUACGGACAAACGCUAAACAUGUGCGGGAGGGUGCGCUGGGGUAUAUCCAGCCGGAAGACCUUUAUAAGCAGGUAGGCACCGCUCCGCGGCCAUUGAAGGUCCCUCCAGGGUGUCCUCACUUCUUCGUUCUAGGCCGGAAUAAGACCUCAGCGGCUGAUAUUCAUUAUGUCUUGCACAGAAAAUUGAUCAUGCUGGGUACACUCGCUAUAUUCUACAGCCCAACCCGGUGCGCUACGACUCUGAGGGGGAUGAGCUAGACGAGGAUGAUGAAGACUCUGAGGCAGAUGCCGCUGCGGCGGAAGAGAAUCCAUUUUCUGAGAUCGUAUUAGAGAGUUAGUAUCUCGUUUCCCCAUUACAGAUGAUUCAUAACCUUCCCGAACGACUGAUGCGAAUGUGCUUACUAGAUUUCCUGUGCCCAUUAAAACAUCCAUCGGAAUUACCUACCCACCCUUCCUUGUCCCAUGCCUAUACAUCAAAUGCUCUCUCGAACAUGACCAAGGCCAUUGAGGCUAAACUACGCCAGGAAAGGGCGCUUUUAUGGCGUGCGCGGAACCUCCACAGACUGUUCCUUGGCGAUAGCUCUUGGAUGCCAUGUGGAACAGUUGAAACUCCCGAAGACAGAUGGAUCUUUGAGCCUCGGCUUGUCACCCCGGGCCACAAAUCUCCAGUCGGCCAAAAUGAACAGACCGGAGUUCCCAGUCCGACGAGAGUAGAAAUGACAGGUCGUAGCCAUGGGUCACAUAAUUUUGUUCCAAUUGUCAGGACAUCAAAUGAGGCCCAGACAGCGGAAAGUAAGGACACCCAAAGUUCCCAUACUGCAGAACAAAACAUUGAAAUGGCUGGUGUUCACAAUCAUGAGAUGGAGGGUGGUGGCCCUACGAAUAACCAUGAGCAGACAAGAGAGCUCAAGUCCGAAGAGGUUGAGACUCCCGUUGGAAACCUUCCCCAGCAUCUAGACAUUGUUGAAGGGACCACCAGUGAAGCAGUGAACUCACACUUGGAACGCAGUCAAAUAUCUGACGGCGAUGGGCUCCAUGGAAACAGAAAAGGAAUUGCGAAUGAUCGAACUGACUCAGGAAACGAGAACAUCGAUACGGCCUAUGAGGGUCCCGGAAAUGUCCAUGGUGAUGAAACGGACAAAGAUGAAGAGAUGCAAGACGGGUUUUCCCCCGAGCCACCUCGACGGAUGACGACUCGAGCUCAGGCUAAUGCAGCAAAUCCACAAGAGGAUGAAUCAGAUCACUUCCUAUCAUCUCCUUCCUCUGACACCCUCAGCUCACUUCCUAUACCACACCCUCUCUUUCUCGUGCCUGACUCUAUCCGUUCAGAUCCCAAUCUUGGUCUGUCGUCCAUGGAAGCCGAAGAUACACGACGACUCCUGUGGUCAUAUGUGCAGAAACAGGAGGAGACUGUUAGGGGAUUCGAGCACAUGUUGGAAUGCCUGCUUCGAGCUUGUCGUAUGAAAGAUGAUGUGCUCGAGUGGUGCAAAGCGGAAGGCCAUGUGGGCGAAAUGAGUGACGGAGAAGACUGGUAUGACCGGGAAAGAUGGGGACUGGCGGAAGGCGAAGACCUCAAGAAGGGCGCGGACGAGGAUGAGAUUGAGAUGGUCGAGGAAAGCCGCGCUUCAAACAAAAGAGGCAGAGGCCGGCGAGCAUAGAUACGAUGGCUCACUUCUACAACUCACAAUUAUCGAUGCUGGUUACAUAGAUCGAUGGCUCGGGGCUUGUUGGGUUUUUAGCAUUUUCUGAUCCUGGCACGAGGCAUCUUCGGCAGCCGUCAGCAGCUACUGCCAUGGCUUCUGUAUGACUCAGAGAUCUCUAUGAGAUACGAAGCAUUAUCUUUAUAUUUACCGGAUACUCAUCCUAGGGAGUUUGGGGCGUCACAAAUGAUAUCCAUGAUUUAUGCUGUAAAGGAAGGUGUAAAAGC